CUGGUGAUAUCAAUAAACCAGAAUAAUGUUUAUCCAAUUUGUAAUUGUUUCAGAUCCGCUAAACCAUUAUCACGUGAAGGUACACUUUCGAUUUGUUUAUGCAACGAUUCGCCAAUUUUCGUGAGUUUCAAAUACAUUUUAAAAAAAGAGAAAGUUUUUUGUAGAUUUUGUUACAAGAUGUGUUAGCCGAAGAAGAUGUGAUUGAUGUUCCAAUAAAUAUGAGUACACUAAGUACCGAUGGACGAAAAGUUACACGAAGAAAAUUCACGUUUAGAGCGCAUAAUAAAGAUGAUCGGUAAGUUAUUUUUAUAUCAGUUUGUAACAUCCCAUAGUCAAAAACGGUUUCUCUUAUUUUGAAUAUGAGUUGUGGCGUGGCAAAGUUAUAAUAAUUCGCAAAACCGUGACUUUACAAAGCUUCAACUAGUUUUAAUGAAAUCUUUUGAACAACUUUUGCAAGUCUAGAUUGUUCCAUUUUUCAAAUUUUUGUCCUUUCAUUCGUUUUUUUUUGGAAGAAAAAAUUUUACCAAAUUUAAGAUCAACAACGGAACGUCGAAGUCAUAUUCAAAUAUCAUCUCCUUCGGAUUUUAUGCAUAUUGUUCAUAUGGGUCCAGCUCCAGUCGUCGAACUUCAGCAAAAUUUCAUCGAUUUGCAAUCUAAUCAUUCAUCGGAUAAGGUUGGUUUUUUCUUUUAAUUUCAAUUUAUUCAAUAUCAAGUUCUUUCAGGAUUCACUAAACCGAUCUGUAAAUAACGAAUAA